AUGUAUCCUCUUCCCUACCGCUACCUUUUGACUUGCAUUGACAGAGCAACUAGAUGGGUUGAAGCCAUUCCUCUCAUCGACAUUACUGCAAGCUCAACUGCAGUUGCCUUCGUCGCCGGCUGGGUAUCUCGUUUUGGAGUUCCGCUGCAAGUCGUCACUGACCGUGGUGCCCAGUUCGAGAGUGAACUGUUCUCUGAGCUCUCGUCAAUGAUCGGCUUUCAUCACGUUCGUACGACAAGCUACCAUCCACAAGCAAAUGGCAUCAUUGAGAGACAUCACAGGUCUUUGAAGUCCGCAGUCAUGGCAAGACAAGACAAUUGGUAUUUGGCCUUGCCUAUAGUUCUCCUUGGCUACCGUUUGACGCCUAAUAUCUCAGGUUAUUCCCCAUUUACAGCUGUGACGGGUGCCCACAUGAUGUAUCCUUCGCCACUGAUUGAUAGAGAUGCGUCUCGCUCGAUGAAUUUAGCCACCAUCCAGGUUUUCAUCAAUGAGAUGCAGUCCAUUGACUUCAGUGACUUGGCAUCUGGGGAUUGUCACUCAACACCUCACCCGUAUGUGCCCAAGGAUCUCCUCACUUGUCAGAAGGUCUGGCUACGUGUGGACCGCAUUCGCAAAAGUUUAGAGGCGCCUUACUCAGGCCCCUAUGAGGUUCUCCAGCGUGCACCUAAGUACUUCAUUAUCAAGCUUCCACGGGGAAACACUUCGGUCUCCAUCGACCGCCUCAAGCCGGUUUAUAUAAAGGAGCGCGUCAAUAAACAGCCUACCCCUCCAGUUGAUGUAUCUACGCAGUCUAUUGCCAUCCCUGAUUUCCCUCUUCCUUCUGUUUCUAACACCCCUUACACUACACGCAGCGGACGGACGGUUCGGUUUCGACAGCACCCUGACUAUUGUUCUUACUAG